GGCACGGUGGGGGAGAAAUAUGGGAAAGACAGAGACCCCAUCCCCAUCCACUUAGGCAUAAACAUUCAACCCAAAUCUGAUCUAGACGCUGGAUGACCUGGCCCUUUGCCCCCUACUUUCUGACUAUAGACCGUUAUGAAAUUCACCUUUAUUUCCUGAUGUUUUCCCGGGUCUUCCCACUACAAACAAAAACAAACAAACAAAAAAAAAACCAGUCCAGAAUGAAAUAGUUCACAACCUAGAUUCAAUUUCUGGAUUUAAUUCAAUCUCUAAUAGCUUCUAUCUCCAACUCCUAUUCUUAGCAGCUAAAAUUCCCCUAUUUAGAGCCUCCAUUCCUAGCCCUAAAUAGUGACCCUCUAAAUAGAGUCUGAUGAAAAACCAUAGCUAUGCUUUGUCCAACUCCUUCUGCACUUCACUCUCUAAGCCACUAUCUCCAAGAGCCCUAUCCAGGACUCUGUUCCCUAUCCAUUCUCUAGUUUUAACCCUAGUGACCCCAGCCCAACAACCCUCAAUCCCCUCAAUGGUAGUGCUCACCUCCUUAUACUCAUUCCAUCCCUACUCCACCUCCAGAGCUUCACUCACUAUCCCUGCGUCCCUUUCCCCCCUCUGUGACUUGAUUUUUCCCUUGUUCCUCUAGAAAUCAUGGAGUUUGUAUCUGGUUAUCGGGAUGAGUUCUUAGACUUUGCUGCCCUUCUAUUUGGCUGGUUCCGAAAGUUUGCCUCAGAGCGUGGGACUGGGGUUGGUGGGGGGAAUGGGCCUGAGGGUCGAUCAAGGUUGAUGGAGGCCCAGGUGAGAAGAUUGCCCCCAGACCCUGCCCUCUGGGUUCUUCACAUCUUGCCCAACCGUAGUGUGGGAAUCAGUUUGGGGCAAGGUGCUAAGCAAGGACCUGGACCAGGCCUGGGAGCUGCCCGUCUCUUGGGAGAUGAGCCCCCUCUCUGUCUCAGAGACCUCAGCCCCUAUGUCAGCUUUGUUAGCCUUGAGGAUGGGGAGGAAGAAGAGGAUGGGGAGGAGGAGGGCACAGGUGAAGAGGAAGGGGAACUGGAGGAAGAAGGAGAGCAGGCCACCACGAGCCGGGAGCCUACUCAGGAUGCUGAGACACCUGGGGAACCAGAAGAUGCUGAGGAAGAGGCAGGAGGAGAGGACAGUAGCGGAGGGGACACCAGAGAGGAUGGAGGAGAGGAGGAAAUUGGGCCAGAGAAGAGAAGGGGAAAGAGAGGUGAUGCUGCCCCCCUACACCUGGCCUGCCUCCUUCUAGUGACAGAUGAACAUGGCACUAUCCUGGGCAUUGACCUGCUGAUGGGUGGACCCCAAGGGAGUGGAGGUAGAGCCACUGGGGCUGAGGGCCUGGCCCAAAGAGCUUACACUCUCCUCUGCCACAGCAUGGCCUGCCCCAUGGGAGCUGGAGACCCUCGAAGACCCCGACAGCUCACAGUGGGAGACCCUCAGCUACACCGAGAACUGGAAAGCUUGGUCCCUAGGCUUGGGGUAAAGCUGGCUAAAGCACCAAUGAGAACAUGGGGCCCCCGUCCUGGCUUCACUUUUGCCUCACUCCGGGCCCGUGCCUGCCAUGUGUGCCAUAGACACAGUUUUGAGGUGAAGCUGAUGCCCUGCCCCCAAUGUGGUGCAGUCCUGUAUUGUGGGGAAACUUGUGUCUGGGCUGACUGGCGACGCAGACCAGAUGAUGUGAGCCAUCGAUUCUGGUGCCCAAGACUUGCAGCUUUCAUGGGGCGGGCUGGGGAGCUGGCAGCCUUGCCCUUCACCUAUACUGCUGAGGUAACAAGUGAGAUGUUUAACAAGGAGGCAUUCCUGGCUUCUCGGGGCCUCACAAGAGGGUACUGGACUCAGCUCAGCAUGCUACUUCCAGGUCCUGUUGCCCCAGGAUACCCCCCAGGCAAUGGACCUCCCCUCAGCCUCCUCCUCAGUGGAGAUCCUUAUCAGCUACUUCAAGGAGAUGGGCCCCCCCUGAUGCCUCCAGUGCCUCCUGACCCACCCCGAGGCCCUUUUGGAUCCUGGCAGGAUUACUAUGCGUGGCGUGGCUUGGGCCUGGACUCUCCUUUGGCUGUCCUCCUUACCUACCCACUGACUGUCUACUAUGUUAUUACCCACCUGGUGCCCCAGUCUUUCCCAGAGCUGAACAUCCAGAACAAACAAUCCCUGAAAAUCCAUGUGGUAGAGGCUGGGAAGGAGUUUGACCUCAUCAUGGUGUUUUGGGAGCUCUCUGUUCUGCUCCCUCAUGUGGCCCUGGAGCUGCAAUUUGUAGGUGGUGCUCUGCCUCCUGAGAAUGACCAGCAACAUUUUACCCUUCAGAGGGAUGGAUCAGGAGUGUCUGUCCGUCCAGGUUCUGGGGUAUCUGCCCGUCCAGGCUCAGGAGCUAAAGAGAAGGGAAGCCGUAGGGACCUGCAAAUCAAAAUUUCUGCGAGGCCCUACCAUCUACUUCAGGGACCCAAGCCUGACUUGGUGAUUGGAUUUAACUCUGGCUUUGGUCUCAAGGACACCUGGUUGAGCUCUUUGCCUCGAUUACAGUCCCUUAGAGUCCCUGCAUUUUUCACGGAGAGUAGUGAGUACAGCUGUGUGAUGGAUGAACAGACCAUGGCUGGGGCCACAGGAGGUGGGACCAGCCCCCCACAGCCCAACCCAUUUCGUUCACCCUUCCGACUCCGGGCAGCAGACAACUGCAUGCCUUGGUACUGUAAUGCCUUCAUCUUUCACUUGGUCUACAAGCCUCCUCAGGGAAGUGGGACCCGACCUGCCCCUGGACCUGCCCCCCCUGUCCCAGCCCCCACAGUCCCUCUAGUCCCUGCCAGAAGGCGAAGAGGAGACAAGAGGCCAAGUCGUGGAGGCCGAAGGCGAAGGUGAGAGUCAAAGAUGGAAUUAUCACUUCCCAUAAAAUUUUUAAAAAGAAGAACCUUCAGGCAGAGGGGAAGGGAUAGCUGGGGAAACAGGAAAGGUGAAUAAAAUGACUGGUUUGAGAGGCAAAUGAAACAA